CCUUAUUACUAUAAACACUGUUGUAACAUGUGUUGUUUGAGUUGUUAUUGUUUUAUUUCCUGUGUAAACUGAAUUGGUACCUCUUUCUACAGGAUAGUUCACAGUAUGCAGACUCGGAGCAUUCAAGCAGUGUAAGAAAGACUUCCUUCAUACGGACGUCGCAUCCCUUUACAAAAAUGAGUGAUUCAGAGGUGAGCGCAGACCUAUAAAAAUAACAGUAAAAAAAUAAAAUAAAAAGUCACCAUUUAAAAUGAAUUAUUUUUUCACCCUCCCAAAAAAGUAAAAUACAAUCCAUUGCAUAUCAAAAACCACAAAAAAAAAAACCAAAAAAAAAAAAUAAAUAUUGCGAUGCAAUAAAAAUACUCUAUCUUUAUCUAUGCGAUGCCCACACUGAAUGAACGUUCAAGGCAGGAAAAGCGCAGUCUGAGAAUUGUGAUUGGUUGCCUUGGAAAGUUAGUUAAAUGAAAUUAUUAGCUGAGCAUCAUAAGAAAAAGUCUUCCAGAAAUGGUGGCUAACCUUGCCACUGCAGAUCUUUGUCGUUUACAUUUUCCAUAAUCUGCUAGAUAGCACCAAAAAAAUAAGCAAAUAUAUUUUGUUUAUAUGUUGUAUUUAAAGUAACACUCCAAGCACCAUAACCACUACAAUGUGCUGCAUGACCACGAUCAUUGGCUGUUCGUCUGACUCUCUUAGCUACUGAGCUGGCCCUGUGUGGCAAGAUUUAGCUCAGAAGAACCAACAGAAACUCCAUACAGGAGGUUGAAGAAGUGAACCGUAGUAGUUAUGGUGCGAGGAGUGUCCUGGGACCCUCCCAAAGUAAUUUGUCAAAACCAUUUUAAUAUGGUUUGACAACACACCUGGGUCCCCCGGGCAUCUAUUCUACAUCUAGUCUUCUGCAGGAGAAGCCAUGUUUCUACAAGGCUGUGCUCAUUGGCUGAUGCUCUAAGCCAGGGAUAGGCAACCUUCAGUACUCCAGAUAUUUUGGACUACAUCUCCUAAAAUGCUCUCACAGCCAUAAUGCUGGCAAAGCAUCAAGGGAUAUGUAGUCCACAACACCUGGAGUGCUGAAGGUAGCCUACCACUGCUCUAAGCCAAUGAGAACAGCCCUUUACUGCCAUAUUUAGUUCUGGGAAACUAAUCAGAUUCUCCUGCAAGAAGAAUCCAGGAGACAGGGUGGCCAUGGGUGUUCAGAGAGGACACUCCUUGCACCAUAAACACUACAACAGUCUGUAGUGGUCAUGGUGCAGGGAGACUUCCUUUAAAAUUAAAUAUACUACAUAACAUUUUAAUAUGUAAGCUACGAUAUAUGUUUUGGUAAGCGAAUUAUAUAAUAUAAUCCCAAAGUGAUAGGUGACCUGGAACUGUUGAUAUUUCAAAGUAAAGUAAUUGCUACGCUGAACUGAUAGAGAGAAUUGCAAACAUCCGAAUCAUUCAGAAAAUCUAAUUAGGUUUCAUAAUUAGGCAUUUCUUGUUAUAGGGACACUCCAAGCACCGGUGCAAUGCUAAUGCUUUUGACCGCAUUGAUAUGUUGUAUUUUUUAACAUCUUCAAAUCUUUAAAGUUUUUGCACAAAUCAUUUUUUUUUUUUUUACCAAAGUCUGCACCAUAAAAUUGCCUCCUUAGCCUUGCUCCAUAAAAAUUCACUAGCUGAAUGAUCUGAACUACAAAACAACAUGCAGUACAAGGAGAGGAUACCCAGGCAGACUGUUUAUAGUCUAUCUGUUUAUAGUUUCUCUGCCUGUCUGCGGCCAGGUUGUGAAUAUAACCAGCUCACUCAGUGUAAGUGGAUGAGCGGUGUACAUACACACGGCUGCCAUCAGGGGGUGACAACCAUGACGGAACUGCCAGGGGUGCAUCUGCACCGUGGCCCAUCAGGUGGCCCAAGCGUUUAGGGCCACCUGAUGAGCCCUAUAUCUUCAGGGGCCGGUCAGCGCUGUAAUUGCGCAACCGGACCCCUUUAAAAAAAAAAAAUGCGGCUGCACCGCAAAUGCUGCUGGGAGGAAGUGACGGCCGGUCACUUCCUCCCAGCUUACUCCGGGAGAGGAGAGGACAGGACAGUACACCAGAGGCAUCCACUCCCAUCAUCCCCAGCCACCCUCCUGGAACUUAAAGGAAAGAGGAGGGUGGCUGAUAAAUGAGGUGUGUGUGUGAAUAUGUAUGUGUCUGCCAGUAUGUCUGUCUGUCAGUAUGUAUGUAUGUAUGUCUGUCUGUCAGUAUGUAUGUAUGUAUGUCUGUUUGACAGUAUGUAUGUGUUUUUCUUUUCUAACUUUGCUGUUUGCAUUCUCUUACCUCUGUAUUUGUGAUACUACACUAGGAUGCUCUGUUUUAUGCAGUCUUAUUUUCUCUUUUCAAUGAAAUGUAUUUGCAUUCUACCAAUGACAGAAUAAAGUUUAAGCCCUUAUGUGGAAACAAGUCAAAUGCAUUUUCUAUACCUUUUCCUGUUUUAGAAAUAUCUAGGCAUUGUGAAAGAGAUCUAGGCCAGGAGAUAAAUGAUGGGGUUGGAGAUGGAUUUUUAAUCUCUACAAGUGUGUCUCUCAAUGGACACAUUCAUGGACAUGAAGUGAGAAAAUACACCUGCUUUACUGCUACAAUGAGAGAGGCUACUUGAAACGUCAUACAUACACACAUGACAUGUAUGUGUGUAUGUAUGUCAGUGUGUGUGUGUCAUUAUGUAUGUGUGUAUGUAUGUCAGUAUGCAUGUAUGUCUGUAUGUAGCUGUGUAUGUAUAUAUCUAUCCGAGUGUGUAUGUCUGUAUGUAUGUAUAUCGGUAUGUAUGUGUAUGUAUGCCAGUAUGUAUUUAUGUGUACGUCUGUAUGUCAGUUUGUAUGUAUGUCUGUUUGUGUGUGUGUCAGUAUGUGAGUAUGUAUGUACAUCAGUGUGUGUGUCUGUCUGUUUAAGUAUUUGUGUAUCUUUCUGUGUGUGUGUCUGUGUCCUUUUGUGUCUGUGUGUGUGCAUUCCUGUGGGUGGGAUUUGGAGGCAGGCACCCGGGGGCCCAGACCUUGAGCUUUGUUAGGGGCCCCACAAUUUCUGAUGGCGGCCCUGUACAUACAUUUGAUAAGGAAGUAUGUUUUUAGGAUGAGGGGGCGUGGCUGACGAGGCAGGCUUGUGGUGCAGCAUUCUGCAAAACAUUGUAAGCAUACGCACUAAUAUUAUUGUUUACACUAUUCUGCAAAACUAUUAGUUUUUUUGUGCAAAAACUAUAAAGAUGAGAAUGAAAAAAUAAUAAUAAUAAAAAUAAUAAUGAUAAUACAGCUUAAUAAUGAGGUCAAAACCUAUCAGAAGUUGUUUUGGUGCCCCGAGUGUCCCUGUAUUUUUAUUUCACAUUUUGCAUUUCUCGUCGUCACCUUGAUUACUAUGAGAAAAUCAUGGGCUCUCUGUCCCUGGAGUGUCUGUAUAAGAAAGGUAUUGUAAUGACGGUUAAUUCAUUUGGAUAGAUUUUAUCGCACUAAAAUAUAACAUAUAUUUAAUCUAUAGGAACCUAUGGAGGUGACUUUAAGCACCGAAGCGGAAACAUGUGCCAGUGGAUUUACCAUAACUGGCGGGGGACAAGAAGGAAUAACAGUAUCCCAAGUUUUGAAAGAAUCUAAACAUUCUAAAAUAUUCUGCAUAAAAGAAGGUACAUUUCUUUUUAACACAAUUCAUUCCCAAAGGAUGUACGCUUUAUUUAUGGUAUUUGCACACGUUUGUGUUCAUUCACCAAAGUGUGAAAAAAAUCUAAUUUUAAUCCAAAUUAGCAGAACUGAAAAUAAAGCUUACUUAGGGAAUUUUCAAAGUUUGUAUAUUCUAUCCUAUAAUGUAAAAAAUAACUUUCAAUAAAUAGUGUAGUAAAUAACAUUGUCAGUUUCACUAACAGUAGAAUCAAAGAAAUGGACAUACACCAUGACAGUGGGUUAUGUUUCAGAAAAACAAUAGUCUUACCUGCUAAACCCAGAAGUGAUCAGGGGCGAUAGAUUCCAUUAAAAAAGAAACCGCAAAACAGCUGACCUUUAAGUGGUUUCCGGUAACAGAUCACAUAUGACGCUGUUUUUCCCCUACUACCCUUUAUCUGUUGUGUGGAUUUUCUGGCUCAAUAAAUUUGCCCUGCCCUUUUACCAGUCAGAAUUUUAUUUUAGGUUCUUAUGACCAACUCUUUUGUAGUGUCACCAACAGGCCCAUCUCUCUCAAUAAGAUAUCUGCUUCUAUUCAUAAGCUGAGAGUACAUCUUGAAAUCCAGUACUACUGGGGAGGGAAGAAGACCUGUGAAUUAGAUGAAUUAGGAAUGUUUAAAAUGUAAUGUUGUAACAAUGUAUUUCUUCAGGACAUUCAUAUCCAUGUUUACUGUGGCAAGUUGGCCCAACCAAAAAUCUGUUUUUUUUAUAAAACCAGCACCUUAAAUCAGUGAAGUGGUCAUAGUGCUGGAGUUAUCCACUGAAUAUCGUAGCCGUUACAGUCUGCUGUAGUGGUUAAGGUACCAUGAUUACCCUGGUUCUGUUCCCUGGUAAGGGGGCAAAUCAUCUUGCAACUGUUUGCCUCUUCACUGAUUCCUACUGAACCCCGAGUCUCCUCUUGUGGUGGCUGAACUAGUGUCUGUAUUCUGCUGAUUCGCAGAAGCCAAAUGCCGAUCCUGCCAUUCACUCAUUUGCUGGGAGCAUCAACCAAUCCAUGAGCAAUUGCACAUAGAAUACGCACGGUAUUAACAUUAGCCAGUCCAGGACUCUGGUUCUGGGUCGGAUAAUUAAAGCUGAAGGAGGUGGAGUUACACGUCCAACAGCAACAUAAAAUAUUUAGUUAUGUGCAGUGUCAAAGAGAAUUUCCAUUUUAAGGCCAAAGUAGAACAAACUGGGAGAAGAGUUCGGGUACUUUGGCCUUAAAUGUGAAAUUCACUUGAAUUCUGACUUUAGCAAAAAAACUUCUAACUACUGAAUUAAGACAGCCAGUAAAAUGAUUUAGACAAGUCUUGCAACAGAGUUAAAUACACAAAUUCAACAUGAAAUCACAUGUCUUGCAGGGGAUCAACUCCUAAGUGCUACCAUUUAUUUUGACAAUAUCACAUAUGAAGACGCUACUAGGAUUCUGCAGCAUUCAGAGCCUUACAGAGUACAAUUCCAAUUAAAACGUAAACUUGGGAAAGAAGAAAGGGAAAAGCUGCACUCAGCGAUUCAAACAAAGAAAGAGAGGACAAAUCAGGUACACAAACGAUGCACACAAUUUGUUAAAAUGAGCUUGACAUGGUCAAGUGAGUCCUUUGUAUAUUUCAGAAUAACGUACAGGGAAUAACAGUGGAUCGACCCCAUGAGACACCCUAUAGACCGUUAACAUUAGUUAGGCUUUUAUGUUAUUAAUAAACCAAACCACGCUAUCAGUCACCACACACAAUGGUUCUGAUGUGUACCAGGCCCUAUGAACCCUUAAAUUCGACAUUCUCCACACAUCACUGUCCAUGUCGAAUGUUGUUAAAUAUAAAAUGCACUGUGUAGUAUCAAUGCUCACCAAAAUGUACCGAAAAGUUGAUCAAUGUCUGUUUACGCUGUUGGGGCAUUAUAAAUCACGCUGUUAUGUUACUAUGUACAACAAAAUAAAGAAUGAAGAAAAAAAAUAAAAUAAAAAUUUUUGAAUAAACUGCUUAAAGGAACACUAUAGGGUCAGGAACACAAAUGUGUAUUCCUGAUUCUAUAAUGCUAAAACCCUAUUUAGCCCCCCUGACACACCCUUAAAUAAUGUUAAAAUUCACCAUCUGAGAAGUGGCCAGGGCCGGACUGGGGAAACAAAGCAGCCCUGGAAAAAAAAUUUAUGCCAGCCCCAUAAGUCACUGCGCUAUAUAUUGUCGCAUGUAAUAUGUAAGGCUUUGUCUUGCCAUUACAGAUGAUAGAGUAAUAUAUAUAUAUUAUAUAUUGCUUUUUCUAAUAUAAAAUAUUGGUCCUUUCAGAGUAAAACGUUUAAUUAUACAGUAAGCAUACUCACAUGCAGACACAGACAAGCUCACUGACACACACAAGCUCAUUGAUACACAGCCUCAUAGACAAACAAUCUCACUGAUAUACAUCAACUUAUUGACACACAAGCUCACUCACUAGCAGGCACACGCAUGCAAGCAAGCUCACUCACUAGCAGACGCACAUACACAGCUUAAUGUAGUGGUACCGGUGUCUAUAGCAUGUCACUACAGGCUUUUCAAUGUAAACACUGAAUUUUCAGAGAAAAGGCAGUGUUUACAUUGCUUCAAAGUGACACCGAUAGUGACAGUCACUCAGACGGUCAAUAGAGGUGCUUCCUUUGUCAGUGCACCUACAUUCAGGGACACCACACUCUGUAGGUGCUGAACUUUCCCCAUAGAGAUACAUUGAUUCAAUGCAUCUCUAUGAGGAGAUGCUGAUUGGUGUAACGUUUUGCAGCCAAUUCUAUGGCAAAACAUUGGAUUUGCUGAGAUCAUCAAGCUUGAUGAUCUCAGCCAUAGAGGCAGGGCCAGUCGAGGGGAGACCAGCACGCUGCGUAGGGGAAAAAAAGGUGAGCAAAAACACUAUUUUUAAACACACAUAUACACCAUGACAGACACAGAAACACACAUAUACCAUGACAGAUACACACCCCAUUACAGACCAUGACACAGACAGACCCACACACACACCAUGACACAGACAGACACACACACAUAUACCAUGACACACACACCAUGACAUAGACAAACACACACCCCAUGACAGACAAACAGACACACACACCAUGAGACAGACACACCAUGACACAGACAGACAGACCAUGACACAGACAGACAGACACACACCAUAACAGACAGACAGACACACCAUAACAGACAGACAAACUCACACUGACACACAUUACUACUACCUGCCAGGGGGUUGUGCAGUGCAGACGUCUGUCUGUGCUGGCGGCCGCUGGGGGAGCUGCGUUGGCUAUGGUCUCCUGCCCUCGCGCGCUUCUGAAUGAGACCGGGGCAGGAAUAUGACGUCAUAUUCCGGCCCCGGUCUCAUUAAGCUGCACGCUGGGGAGCAGAGACAGCGCAGCUCCCCCAGCGACCUUCAGCACAAGUCCCCCAGCAGCCGCCAGCACAGGUGCCCAAGCAGCCGCCAGCAGACCCAGGUGUCUGCCCGGCCCCAGGUGCCGACGGCCCACCGGGAAAUUUCCCGGUAUCCCGGUGGGCCAGUCCGGCCCCUGAGUGGCCAUUAGAGGUGUUCCAGGAUUGUAAUGUAAACACUGCCUUUUAUCUGAAAAGACAGUGUUUACUGAAAGAGACCUGUAGGGGCUGGCCUUAUUCACCAGAACAACUACAUUAAGCUGAAAUUGUUCUGGUGACUAUAGUGUUCCUUUAAGGCAAAGUUACCCGAUUUAAAGGGACCCUGUCAUUUAAUAUAGUUUAGUACAGUGGUAGACACCCUUCAGCACUCCAGAUGUUGUAGACUAUAUCUCCCCUGAUGCUUUGUCAGCAUAAUUGCUGUAAGAGCAUUAUGGUAGUGUCACAGGUAAAGGUAAAUAAAGGGUUAAAACCUUUGCCUUAGUUAAGUCCUUCAACGUCUGCAGGGGUUAAAAGUUAAAUUAUUCACUUCUGCUUGUGUCAGCAGUCUUUGCAGCUGCCUCCUGAUUUUUAUGAAUGUAGUCCACAACAUCUGGAGUGUUGAAAUUUGCCUUACCCUCGUUUAGAACAUGGACUGCAAUGCUGCAAAUCUGCUAUGAAGAUCAAUGGCCUGUUCAUUCAUCCAGGGUUCAUUCAUGUACUCUGCUUGCGUGGCCAAAGAGUAAACAUGUAUUCACUGUAAGCUGAGCACGGGUAUGCGUCUGUAAAUUUAUUUAUUUUUUACAUUGAAAUUUGCAAACAAUUGCAGUGCACGUAGAAUUAUUGCUUACUUUUCAUAACAGCUAAUUCUAAGUCUUGUCAUGGCCUUUUUCUCCUGUAUACAUAAUAUUUACACAGAGCUGGAACUACAGAGGCAUUGGAAAGUAAACAAGAGAUGUUAUUUAUAUUUAAAACAUAUUCGGGAGCAUUGUUAAUAUAACAUAGGGAUUUAGCCCCCCAAAAAGGUGAUAACCCAUCAUUCGAUGCCACAUCUGGGCCCCAUGCCAUUCUAUAACAUAUAUACUCCUACAUCCCUCAUCCCAAGUUGGUCUCUCUGCCGUCUUUUGCUUGGCUAUCUUCCACUGGAUUUCAAAAAUAGUUUAUGGCCCACUUAGUAUAAUAAAAUUAAAUAUAGUAGUUAUAAAAUCGCACCCUCUUUUUAAUAAACUACGAUGACCAAAUUGAUAUGGAACUGACUCAUAGUUUAUUAUGAGCUGUAUAUUAUUUUGUAUCUAAAUGUUAAAGUUAUAUAUUUGCAUAAUACAAUGCAUGUCAUGUUUGUAAUUGUAGGGUGAAGACACAGCUGGUACUUUGGGAAAAAUAGAAAGUGACCGAACAGUGAAAAAACGAGAGCAUAAAAAGAAACGUUCAAAGAAAGACAGGCUCUCAUGGCCAAAAUUUCAGUCUAUUACAACUCCUACAUUUUCAGGACAUAGAAGGUCGUGUAGUACAUCGGAAACAAAUGAGGAGGAAGCUCAAGACACUUCUAAGAUGACCGAAUCUUAUUUUGAAGAAGAUGAUAUUUUUAACGCUCAGAAAGAUGACAAACAAUACCAGUGGGGAUUUUCCGAAGUGGAACACCACAGCCGAAAAAAAAGAGUUGGAGAGCACAUGUCCGAUGUAAAAGCCAAAGUAUUUUCUGAGCCGUACAAAAGAAUAAAAGAGAAAAGAAGCUUAGACAGCAGUAUCAAGGUUAAAGUAGAUCACCAUGACAUUCCAAAAUCCCAAAUAAAAAAAGGUUUGUCAUUGCAUUCGGCGAUAUCGGAAAAAGAAGCCAGCAAAGAAGAAAAAUGGCAGGACAGCAAGAUAAAAGACAGAUUUGCUGGAGUGGAAGUCAUAAUUGUGAAAGAGAAAAACUUACCAUCUCCAUGCAAAGUAUCACCAGUACCAAAAAGAGAUCAAAUGAUUAAACCUGAAAUAUUUAAGACUCCGAUUGGGACAACGGAAGUAAAGACUCAAAUGCUUCCACAGCAUUUAGAAACUGGUGUUCAAACUAAACUUCAAGUGGACAUUGAUGUUCCAAGUUCCAAAAAAGAACUUGAAGCUAAAAGUACAUAUACAGCUACCUCUCACACAGACAACAUUGCUGUGAGUGAAAAUGGUUUAAGGGGUCUUCAUACUAAUUUAAAAUUGAACAUGCAAGAUUCCAUAGGUGUUUAUACAAAAGAAAAUGUAAGUACUAGCUAUAUAUCUCUCACAAACACUGACACUGUCGAUGAUUAUAUUGAAAAACAAUUUAUAGAAUCAGAAAAAGACAGAUUGAUUGAAAUGGGUAACAAAAAUGACGAGUUGAACAAUGAUUUUUCUCUUGAUUAUAAAGAUGAUGGGUGGAAAGUGAACAUUCCUGUGUUCCAAAUGCCACCAACUGGCAUCUCAGAACAAGAUGAAUCAUAUCGCAAAGCGGUAGAGCCUUCAUCUGAAGGAAAGCCAGCAGAUUUGCAGCCAGUGUCUGGUUGGAAAUUGCAAAUGCCAAUUAUUAAAAUGCCCAAGUUGCCAAAGCUACACAGAAAAUCAGUUAGGUCUGAAUAUAAUAACCGAUCAACUACUAAUGUAAAUGUUGAUAUUAUGAAAAUCAAUGAAAUGAAUAGACAGAAGAUGGGUUCUCUUGGGCAGUUGGAUGCUCCAUUAACAGGGGUGAUAGCUGAGGACCAAUCAAUAGUAAGGAAUAAAGGAGAAGUUGAAGUUGAUGGGUAUAAAUUGAGUUCUAUAGACAGCCAAACCACGGUUUUGAAAAACGAUUCACAUACUUUUACAGAUGACGUAAGCUCUAUUUCAGACUUAGAAGUGUCAAAGUUGAAAAUUCAAAAAGACAAAGACACAUUUACAGAAACCCCAUCAACUGAAGGUGCAAAACUCAAAUCCAUUCUACAUGAACCUACAAUACAAGAUUUACAAAGGGACCUUGGUGAAGGGGAGUCAUUUGAUGAUAAAAUAAAUGUGCCUUCAUGUCCGAUGGCCGAAUUAGACCCAUCAAUUAUUGACUUAAUUUCAUCAGUAGGAGAUGAACAUGGAAAAGAGUUUAUAAUGGAUUAUGAAAUGAAAUCCACAAAUGUUGAGGACAGAAACAAGGAAGGUUCAUAUAAGAUGCCAAAAUUUAAAGUGCCAUCUUUUGGUUCAUUUACAACAAAAAUAGACAUUACUGAAGACAAAGCAGGAGUGAAAACUAGCAAGGAGCAAUCCAAUAAAAUAGUGAGUGAGAUUAAAGAUGUAGACGAUGGAAUGUAUGAUACAACUGAAGUACAUUCCGAGACAGAAAAAAGCGUAGGUAAAAAGGGUAAAAUUAAAUUGCCUAAAAUUGGAGUGUCAUUUCCUAAAAUGAAGAUUCAGAGUGGCCAAUACAAUGUUUCUAAAACUGAGCAACAUUCAAGUGGUGAUGAGUUUAAGGAAAUUAAAAAUGUGGGCACCUUUAAAACCAUUCAGGAAGAUACAGACAUGUUGAUUACAAUUUCAAGUUUAGAUACGGAAAGUGAGUUAAAUGUUUCAGACAUGAAAGAUGGUGAUAUUCAAAGUGAAAUUUCUAAAACAUUAAGUGAUGAUAAAGAAUACUCACACCCUGUUGUAUUUCCACAUUUUCAAAUACCUACAUUUGGUUUGGUAGAAGUAGGAGAAAAUCAAGAUUAUUCAGAAGGACUGAAACAAACAGGUACUAUUGAGCUCCCUGAAGCUGAAGUAAGUGUAGAUGAAAAAGAUAUAGCUCUUGAGGUUCCAUCUGUGGACAUUCAAAGAAAUGACACACAGGACAGCAAAAACUUUCUAAAUUGGAAAGCCAAAAAGCCCCUAAUAAGUAUACCCAUACUGGACUUGUCUCUCAAAAAAAUGGAUAUUUCAGUUAAAAAGGAGGAUACAUGCGGUAAGGAAGAUGUAAUUACUGAAUGUAAGGAAGAAGAGAUGGAAAGGCAAGACAGUCAUUUCAAGCUUCCCACCUUCAAAUUACCUUCAUUUAGUUUAACAAGAUCUAAACUAAAAUCAAACUAUUUGGUUGGUGAAGUAAGUGAACAGAGUGUUCAAGAGACUUCUCAGGAUAUUGAAAAUACAGUUAAACCCCAGAUCCAAAAAUAUACACUAUCAAGUGAUUUAAGUACGGAUAUAUCUGAAAGUAUUACUGUUGUAAGUCAAGAAAUAAUACCUUCUGAAGUACAGACUGGGGGUAUUUCUGAAAUAACUUAUACAAAUCAUGAGAAAAUUGGAAUUAUACCAACCGACAUGAACUCCGAAAGCAAAAUAACAUCUUUAGUUAUGACAAGUACGACAGCAACGAUUCAAGAACCUGGAGAAGCAGUCAUUCGUGGAGAAGAGAUACCUGUAAUUUUUCCUCGUUUCCGAAUUCCAAAAAUAAGUGUUGUGGUCUCUGAACAACGAAAGGAACCAACAGGAGAAUUAGACAAAAAGACAACAUUGGAGGUGUCCAGCUUAGAAGUGACUGGAAAUAUUGAAACAAUUCAUAGAGUGAGUGAUUCAGUAUUGGAGAGCAAUAUUGAAAAUCAGCAGGCAGAUGAAGAGCCUGGAGGCUUUAAUUUAAAUGUCCAGACACUUAAAACACAAACAAUUUAUACAACUGAUGAAAUCGCUCAUGCUGAUGUCUCAUUUGUAGAUACAACGUAUGAAACAAGCAGAUUUAAAGAGAAAGCAGAUAUGCAGUUAGAUGAAAAAACAGACAUAAUAUCAGGAGAAACUAGCAAACAAAAGCAGGACAGCCCUUUUAAGCUACCAUCUUUUAAAUUGUCUUCAAUUGGCUUAGUUGGAUUAAAGACAAAAUCUAGUCAGGAGGAUGCAAGCAAAGAAAACAAAAGUUUUGCAGUUCAAGUUCCAGAUGCUGACAGUGGUAAUACAAAAGAAAAACUUAAAACUAAAUUAACAAAGAGUAAGAAAAAGAAAAGUCAUGAGUCCAAGGAAGAGAAAAUAAAGAGUGAUCAUUUAGAACUGCAGGAUACGGAAGGAAAAACGGACAUUCCAUUAACUACACAAAACACAUUACUUACCUUUGAUACAAAGGAUCAGAUCACUACAGAAAAACAGCAGGCAGGAUUGUUUAUACUUAAGAAACAACUGCCAAAAGUCAAGAUGCCGAAAGUAGAAAUAUUUAGUCCAUUUAGUACAGGAUCAAUACCUAGCAGGCAAGCCGAAGACAUCGGACUUGAAAGUGAUCAUACUUCACAUCCAGUAUUGGAAGGAACUAUAGAUACAUCAGUUGAAUUGAACGCAGUUCCCCCUCAAAAAAAUUAUGAUGAAGAAAAACCAAUUAGUGCAAAGAAGUCUUCCAAAGAUGAAAACAUUAGGAAUCUAAAGCCAGAAGAUCUUGUCCAUGAUAGCAGAGACUUACAAAGUGAUUUUGCUACAAAAGGACUAAAAAUAAACAUGAGUUCUAAUGUAAAUUUGGAAGAUAUUAUUAAAGACAGUGAAGAUGUAAAUGAGGAAGAAGAAGAAAGAGAGUUCACAUUAAUCCAUGAGAAUGGAAGCACCAAGAGAGAAAAGACAACUGGUACAACCGGUUAUCUCCCAAAAGUCAAACUCCCUGCUUUUAAAAUACCAUUUUUUGGCAAAGCUGAAUCAAAAGAAAAAACUGAUACCAGUUAUUCGAGACAUGGAAUUAAUGAAGCAAAAAAGGAACUAAUAAGUUCAAAACAUACAACUGAGUCAAUAACAAAGGAUACAGAGCGCAGGGAAGAAUUAAUGUGUAAAUUUGAAGUUGAAGAAAAUACAGAAAUUAGUGAACAAGAUUUGAGGACUAAAACUUCAGACAAAAUUGUAGAUGUGGACCUUACACAAAAAGCUAUACAAAUGAAAUUACCAAUCUUAAAAAUACCACAAUUCGGCACAACAGAAAUGAAAACAGACAUUGUUGCAGUUGACACUCAUGAAGUGUUGCCUGAAACAGCCAAAGAAGAAAUAUCUAAAGAAAAGACAGAAAUCUCAACCGACACAUCUGAAAUAUUGCAAGUUUCCACAAUGCAAAUUACAAAAUUAACCGUAACUGAAGUAGAAGGCUCAUCUGUGGAUACAGAGGGGAAAAUUGUUGAAGAAAAGGAGUCAGAGUGGAAAAUGGCAACAGACAAAAUCCCAUUGGUUAGUAGAACUGAAGAAAUACACAUCUCACGUGCUACAGAUAAAACUGUGGGGAAGGAAGAAGAUCUCAAGAUUGAAGACGAAUUGAUAAAGACUGAGUUUGUGAGCAUGGAAAAACCUGAAGAAGUAGAAUUUGAGAAGCAAGAAGUUACUUCCAUAGUGACAUCAGUUAUUCACACCACCACAACAGGGACAACAAGCUUUGUUGCAGAUGAAGAAGAGGUUGUAAGCAAGAAGGAAGGAUUAGAAGUUGAGGAAGAAGAAAAAGAAGAAGCAGAAUUUAAAUCGGAGGACACAGACAAACUAUCACCCACAGAAGAGACUGCCAAAUCAAAAGGAAAAGGGAAAAAGCAUCGGAAGAAGAUUACAAAGAUAGAGAAAACCGUUACUAGACAAAUAAGCCCACUAGAUGAGACUGUACCUGCAUUUGCCGAACAAGGCAUAUCCACUUCUGAAAUAAAAAUAGAAGCUGAGGAAACGGAUUCCAAACCUCUAUUAACUGAGGCAGAGGUUGAGAUUAUAACUGAAAAACAGAAGACAGAAACAACCACAACAUCAAUAAUAACUGAAACAUGUAGAGUGGAGGAUUCUGCAGAUAUUGUAGAGGAAAUCUUUGAUGCUGCACAAGUAAAACAAGACAUUUCCACAGUGGAAGCUAAAGUAGAUGGUGAAGAAGAAUCGCAUGGGUGGGGUAUUAGUUUACCUUCAUUUAAACUACCAUUCUUUAGCAAAUCUGAAACUAAAGCAGACCUUGAUAUCAGCGAAUCCAAAAAAGAAGUAAUUGAAACAGAAGGUAAAAUAACAAUUUCCAAACGGGUAACAGAAUUUGUAACUGAAACAACAGAAGAAUCCACAACUAAAAAGGAAGAAGUGGUAGAAAUAACAGAAAUUGAAGAGGAAAGUGUUGAUAAAGAAGAGGAACCAUCAGCUGGCAAAAUGCUAUUCCCAACCUUUAAACUGCCACAAUUUGGCACAUCACAAAUUAAAACAGACAUUGUUGCAGUUGACACUCAUGAAGUGUUGCCUGAAACAGCCAAAGAAGAAAUAUCUAAAGAAAAGACAGAAAUCUCAACCGACACAUCUGAAAUAUUGCAAGUUUCCACAAUGCAAAUUACAAAAUUAACCGUAACUGAAGUAGAAGGCUCAUCUGUGGAUACAGAGGGGAAAAUUGUUGAAGAAAAGGAGUCAGAGUGGAAAAUGGCAACAGACAAAAUCCCAUUGGUUAGUAGAACUGAAGAAAUACACAUCUCACGUGCUACAGAUAAAACUGUGGGGAAGGAAGAAGAUCUCAAGAUUGAAGACGAAUUGAUAAAGACUGAGUUUGUGAGCAUGGAAAAACCUGAAGAAGUAGAAUUUGAGAAGCAAGAAGUUACUACCAUAGUGACAUCAGUUAUUCACACCACCACAACAGGGACAACAAGCUUUGUUGCAGAUGAAGAAGAGGUUGUAAGCAAGAAGGAAGGAUUAGAAGUUGAGGAAGAAGAAAAAGAAGAAGCAGAAUUUAAAUCGGAGGACACAGACAAAGUAUCACCCACAGAAGAGACUGCCAAAUCAAAAGGAAAAGGGAAAAAGCAUCGGAAGAAGAUUACAAAGAUAGAGAAAACCGUUACUAGACAAAUAAGCCCACUAGAUGAGACUGUACCUGCAUUUGCCGAACAAGGCAUAUCCACUUCUGAAAUAAAAAUAGAAGCUGAGGAAACGGAUUCCAAACCUCUAUUAACUGAGGCAGAGGUUGAGAUUAUAACUGAAAAACAGAAGACAGAAACAACCACAACAUCAAUAAUAACUGAAACAUGUAGAGUGGAGGAUUCUGCAGAUAUUGUAGAGGAAAUCUUUGAUGCUGCACAAGUAAAACAAGACAUUUCCACAGUGGAAGCUAAAGUAGAUGGUGAAGAAGAAUCGCAUGGGUGGGGUAUUAGUUUACCUUCAUUUAAACUACCAUUCUUUAGCAAAUCUGAAACUAAAGCAGACCUUGAUAUCAGCGAAUCCAAAAAAGAAGUCAUUGAAACAGAAGGUAAAAUAACAAUUUCCAAACGGGUAACAGAAUUUGUAACUGAAACAACAGAAGAAUCCACAACUAAAAAGGAAGAAGUGGUAGAAAUAACAGAAAUUGAAGAGGAAAGUGUUGAUAAAGAAGAGGAACCAUCAGCUGGCAAAAUGCUAUUCCCAACCUUUAAACUGCCACAAUUUGGCACAUCACAAAUUAAAACAGACAUUGUUGCAGUUGACACUCAUGAAGUGUUGCCUGAAACAGCCAAAGAAGAAAUAUCUAAAGAAAAGACAGAAAUCUCAACCGACACAUCUGAAAUAUUGCAAGUUUCCACAAUGCAAAUUACAAAAUUAACCGUAACUGAAGUAGAAGGCUCAUCUGUGGAUACAGAGGGGAAAAUUGUUGAAGAAAAGGAGUCAGAGUGGAAAAUGGCAACAGACAAAAUCCCAUUGGUUAGUAGAACUGAAGAAAUACACAUCUCACGUGCUACAGAUAAAACUGUGGGGAAGGAAGAAGAUCUCAAGAUUGAAGACGAAUUGAUAAAGACUGAGUUUGUGAGCAUGGAAAAACCUGAAGAAGUAGAAUUUGAGAAGCAAGAAGUUACUACCAUAGUGACAUCAGUUAUUCACACCACCACAACAGGGACAACAAGUUUUGUUGCAGAUGAAGAAGAGGUUGUAAGCAAGAAGGAAGGAUUAGAAGUUGAGGAAGAAGAAAAAGAAGAAGCAGAAUUUAAAUCGGAGGACACAGACAAAGUAUCACCCACAGAAGAGACUGCCAAAUCAAAAGGAAAAGGGAAAAAGCAUCGGAAGAAGAUUACAAAGAUAGAGAAAACCGUUACUAGACAAAUAAGCCCACUAGAUGAGACUGUACCUGCAUUUGCCGAACAAGGCAUAUCCACUUCUGAAAUAAAAAUAGAAGCUGAGGAAACGGAUUCCAAACCUCUAUUAACUGAGGCAGAGGUUGAGAUUAUAACUGAAAAACAGAAGACAGAAACAACCACAACAUCAAUAAUAACUGAAACAUGUAGAGUGGAGGAUUCUGCAGGCAUUGUAGAGGAAAUCUUUGAUGCUGCACAAGUAAAACAAGACAUUUCCACAGUGGAAGCUAAAGUAGAUAGUGAAGAAGAAUCGCAUGGGUGGGGUAUUAGUUUACCUUCAUUUAAACUACCAUUCUUUACCAAAUCUGAAACUAAAGCAGACCUUGAUAUCAGCGAAUCCAAAAAAGAAGUAAUUGAAACAGAAGGUAAAAUAACAAUUUCCAAACGGGUAACAGAAUUUGUAACUGAAACAACAGAAGAAUCCACAACUAAAAAGGAAGAAGUGGUAGAAAUAACAGAAAUUGAAGAGGAAAGUGUUGAUAAAGAAGAGGAACCAUCAGCUGGCAAAAUGCUAUUCCCAACCUUUAAACUGCCACAAUUUGGCACAUCACAAAUUAAAACAGACAUUGUUGCAGUUGACACUCAUGAAGUGUUGCCUGAAACAGCCAAAGAAGAAAUAUCUAAAGAAAAGACAGAAAUCUCACCCGACACAUCUGAAAUAUUGCAAGUUUCCACAAUGCAAAUUACAAAAUUAACCGUAACUGAAGUAGAAGGCUCAUCUGUGGAUACAGAGGGGAAAAUUGUUGAAGAAAAGGAGUCAGAGUGGAAAAUGGCAACAGACAAAAUCCCAUUGGUUAGUAGAACUGAAGAAAUACACAUCUCACGUGCUACAGAUAAAACUGUGGGGAAGGAAGAAGAUCUCAAGAUUGAAGACGAAUUGAUAAAGACUGAGUUUGUGAGCAUGGAAAAACCUGAAGAAGUAGAAUUUGAGAAGCAAGAAGUUACUUCCAUAGUGACAUCAGUUAUUCACACCACCACAACAGGGACAACAAGCUUUGUUGCAGAUGAAGAAGAGGUUGUAAGCAAGAAGGAAGGAUUAGAAGUUGAGGAAGAAGAAAAAGAAGAAGCAGAAUUUAAAUCGGAGGACACAGACAAAGUAUCACCCACAGAAGAGGCUGCCAAAUCAAAAGGAAAAGGGAAAAAGCAUCGGAAGAAGAUUACAAAGAUAGAGAAAACCGUUACUAGACAAAUAAGCCCACUAGAUGAGACUGUACCUGCAUUUGCCGAACAAGGCAUAUCCACUUCUGAAAUAAAAAUAGAAGCUGAGGAAACAGAUUCCAAACCUCUAUUAACUGAGGCAGAGGUUGAGAUUAUAACUGAAAAACAGAAGACAGAAACAACCACAACAUCAAUAAUAACUGAAACAUGUAGAGUGGAGGAUUCUGCAGAUAUUGUAGAGGAAAUCUUUGAUGCUGCACAAGUAAAACAAGACAUUUCCACAGUGGAAGCUAAAGUAGAUGGUGAAGAAGAAUCGCAUGGGUGGGGUAUUAGUUUACCUUCAUUUAAACUACCAUUCUUUAGCAAAUCUGAAACUAAAGCAGACCUUGAUAUCAGCGAAUCCAAAAAAGAAGUCAUUGAAACAGAAGGUAAAAUAACAAUUUCCAAACGGGUAACAGAAUUUGUAACUGAAACAACAGAAGAAUCCACAACUAAAAAGGAAGAAGUGGUAGAAAUAACAGAAAUUGAAGAGGAAAGUGUUGAUAAAGAAGAGGAACCAUCAGCUGGCAAAAUGCUAUUCCCAACCUUUAAACUGCCACAAUUUGGCACAUCACAAAUUAAAACAGACAUUGUUGCAGUUGACACUCAUGAAGUGUUGCCUGAAACAGCCAAAGAAGAAAUAUCUAAAGAAAAGACAGAAAUCUCACCCGACACAUCUGAAAUAUUGCAAGUUUCCACAAUGCAAAUUACAAAAUUAACCGUAACUGAAGUAGAAGGCUCAUCUGUGGAUACAGAGGGGAAAAUUGUUGAAGAAAAGGAGUCAGAGUGGAAAAUGGCAACAGACAAAAUCCCAUUGGUUAGUAGAACUGAAGAAAUACACAUCUCACGUGCUACAGAUAAAACUGUGGGGAAGGAAGAAGAUCUCAAGAUUGAAGACGAAUUGAUAAAGACUGAGUUUGUGAGCAUGGAAAAACCUGAAGAAGUAGAAUUUGAGAAGCAAGAAGUUACUUCCAUAGUGACAUCAGUUAUUCACACCACCACAACAGGGACAACAAGCUUUGUUGCAGAUGAAGAAGAGGUUGUAAGCAAGAAGGAAGGAUUAGAAGUUGAGGAAGAAGAAAAAGAAGAAGCAGAAUUUAAAUCGGAGGACACAGACAAACUAUCACCCACAGAAGAGACUGCCAAAUCAAAAGGAAAAGGGAAAAAGCAUCGGAAGAAGAUUACAAAGAUAGAGAAAACCGUUACUAGACAAAUAAGCCCACUAGAUGAGACUGUACCUGCAUUUGCCGAACAAGGCAUAUCCACUUCUGAAAUAAAAAUAGAAGCUGAGGAAACGGAUUCCAAACCUCUAUUAACUGAGGCAGAGGUUGAGAUUAUAACUGAAAAACAGAAGACAGAAACAACCACAACAUCAAUAAUAACUGAAACAUGUAGAGUGGAGGAUUCUGCAGAUAUUGUAGAGGAAAUCUUUGAUGCUGCACAAGUAAAACAAGACAUUUCCACAGUGGAAGCUAAAGUAGAUGGUGAAGAAGAAUCGCAUGGGUGGGGUAUUAGUUUACCUUCAUUUAAACUACCAUUCUUUAGCAAAUCUGAAACUAAAGCAGACCUUGAUAUCAGCGAAUCCAAAAAAGAAGUCAUUGAAACAGAAGGUAAAAUAACAAUUUCCAAACGGGUAACAGAAUUUGUAACUGAAACAACAGAAGAAUCCACAACUAAAAAGGAAGAAGUGGUAGAAAUAACAGAAAUUGAAGAGGAAAGUGUAGAUAAAGAAGAGGAACCAUCAGCUGGCAAAAUGCUAUUCCCAACCUUUAAACUGCCACAAUUUGGCACAUCACAAAUUAAAACAGACAUUGUUGCAGUUGACACUCAUGAAGUGUUGCCUGAAACAGCCAAAGAAGAAAUAUCUAAAGAAAAGACAGAAAUCUCAACCGACACAUCUGAAAUAUUGCAAGUUUCCACAAUGCAAAUUACAAAAUUAACCGUAACUGAAGUAGAAGGCUCAUCUGUGGAUACAGAGGGGAAAAUUGUUGAAGAAAAGGAGUCAGAGUGGAAAAUGGCAACAGACAAAAUCCCAUUGGUUAGUAGAACUGAAGAAAUACACAUCUCACGUGCUACAGAUAAAACUGUGGGGAAGGAAGAAGAUCUCAAGAUUGAAGACGAAUUGAUAAAGACUGAGUUUGUGAGCAUGGAAAAACCUGAAGAAGUAGAAUUUGAGAAGCAAGAAGUUACUCCAUAGUGACAUCAGUUAUUCACACCACCACAACAGGGACAACAAGCUUUGUUGCAGAUGAAGAAGAGGUUGUAAGCAAGAAGGAAGGAUUAGAAGUUGAGGAAGAAGAAAAAGAAGAAGCAGAAUUUAAAUCGGAGGACACAGACAAACUAUCACCCACAGAAGAGACUGCCAAAUCAAAAGGAAAAGGGAAAAAGCAUCGGAAGAAGAUUACAAAGAUAGAGAAAACCGUUACUAGACAAAUAAGCCCACUAGAUGAGACUGUACCUGCAUUUGCCGAACAAGGCAUAUCCACUUCUGAAAUAAAAAUAGAAGCUGAGGAAACGGAUUCCAAACCUCUAUUAACUGAGGCAGAGGUUGAGAUUAUAACUGAAAAACAGAAGACAGAAACAACCACAACAUCAAUAAUAACUGAAACAUGUAGAGUGGAGGAUUCUGCAGAUAUUGUAGAGGAAAUCUUUGAUGCUGCACAAGUAAAACAAGACAUUUCCACAGUGGAAGCUAAAGUAGAUGGUGAAGAAGAAUCGCAUGGGUGGGGUAUUAGUUUACCUUCAUUUAAACUACCAUUCUUUAGCAAAUCUGAAACUAAAGCAGACCUUGAUAUCAGCGAAUCCAAAAAAGAAGUAAUUGAAACAGAAGGUAAAAUAACAAUUUCCAAACGGGUAACAGAAUUUGUAACUGAAACAACAGAAGAAUCCACAACUAAAAAGGAAGAAGUGGUAGAAAUAACAGAAAUUGAAGAGGAAAGUGUUGAUAAAGAAGAGGAACCAUCAGCUGGCAAAAUGCUAUUCCCAACCUUUAAACUGCCACAAUUUGGCACAUCACAAAUUAAAACAGACAUUGUUGCAGUUGACACUCAUGAAGUGUUGCCUGAAACAGCCAAAGAAGAAAUAUCUAAAGAAAAGACAGAAAUCUCACCCGACACAUCUGAAAUAUUGCAAGUUUCCACAAUGCAAAUUACAAAAUUAACCGUAACUGAAGUAGAAGGCUCAUCUGUGGAUACAGAGGGGAAAAUUGUUGAAGAAAAGGAGUCAGAGUGGAAAAUGGCAACAGACAAAAUCCCAUUGGUUAGUAGAACUGAAGAAAUACACAUCUCACGUGCUACAGAUAAAACUGUGGGGAAGGAAGAAGAUCUCAAGAUUGAAGACGAAUUGAUAAAGACUGAGUUUGUGAGCAUGGAAAAACCUGAAGAAGUAGAAUUUGAGAAGCAAGAAGUUACUACCAUAGUGACAUCAGUUAUUCACACCACCACAACAGGGACAACAAGCUUUGUUGCAGAUGAAGAAGAGGUUGUAAGCAAGAAGGAAGGAUUAGAAGUUGAGGAAGAAGAAAAAGAAGAAGCAGAAUUUAAAUCGGAGGACACAGACAAAGUAUCACCCACAGAAGAGACUGCCAAAUCAAAAGGAAAAGGGAAAAAGCAUCGGAAGAAGAUUACAAAGAUAGAGAAAACCGUUACUAGACAAAUAAGCCCACUAGAUGAGACUGUACCUGCAUUUGCCGAACAAGGCAUAUCCACUUCUGAAAUAAAAAUAGAAGCUGAGGAAACGGAUUCCAAACCUCUAUUAACUGAGGCAGAGGUUGAGAUUAUAACUGAAAAACAGAAGACAGAAACAACCACAACAUCAAUAAUAACUGAAACAUGUAGAGUGGAGGAUUCUGCAGAUAUUGUAGAGGAAAUCUUUGAUGCUGCACAAGUAAAACAAGACAUUUCCACAGUGGAAGCUAAAGUAGAUGGUGAAGAAGAAUCGCAUGGGUGGGGUAUUAGUUUACCUUCAUUUAAACUACCAUUCUUUAGCAAAUCUGAAACUAAAGCAGACCUUGAUAUCAGCGAAUCCAAAAAAGAAGUCAUUGAAACAGAAGGUAAAAUAACAAUUUCCAAACGGGUAACAGAAUUUGUAACUGAAACAACAGAAGAAUCCACAACUAAAAAGGAAGAAGUGGUAGAAAUAACAGAAAUUGAAGAGGAAAGUGUUGAUAAAGAAGAGGAACCAUCAGCUGGCAAAAUGCUAUUCCCAACCUUUAAACUGCCACAAUUUGGCACAUCACAAAUUAAAACAGACAUUGUUGCAGUUGACACUCAUGAAGUGUUGCCUGAAACAGCCAAAGAAGAAAUAUCUAAAGAAAAGACAGAAAUCUCAACCGACACAUCUGAAAUAUUGCAAGUUUCCACAAUGCAAAUUACAAAAUUAACCGUAACUGAAGUAGAAGGCUCAUCUGUGGAUACAGAGGGGAAAAUUGUUGAAGAAAAGGAGUCAGAGUGGAAAAUGGCAACAGACAAAAUCCCAUUGGUUAGUAGAACUGAAGAAAUACACAUCUCACGUGCUACAGAUAAAACUGUGGGGAAGGAAGAAGAUCUCAAGAUUGAAGACGAAUUGAUAAAGACUGAGUUUGUGAGCAUGGAAAAACCUGAAGAAGUAGAAUUUGAGAAGCAAGAAGUUACUUCCAUAGUGACAUCAGUUAUUCACACCACCACAACAGGGACAACAAGCUUUGUUGCAGAUGAAGAAGAGGUUGUAAGCAAGAAGGAAGGAUUAGAAGUUGAGGAAGAAGAAAAAGAAGAAGCAGAAUUUAAAUCGGAGGACACAGACAAACUAUCACCUACAGAAGAGACUGCCAAAUCAAAAGGAAAAGGGAAAAAGCAUCGGAAGAAGAUUACAAAGAUAGAGAAAACCGUUACUAGACAAAUAAGCCCACUAGAUGAGACUGUACCUGCAUUUGCCGAACAAGGCAUAUCCACUUCUGAAAUAAAAAUAGAAGCUGAGGAAACGGAUUCCAAACCUCUAUUAACGGAGGCAGAGUUUGAGAUUAUAACUGAAAAACAGAAGACAGAAACAACUACAACAUCAAUGCAUCAUAUAGAAACAUCUACAGAACUUUUAGAUUCUGAGAAAGAAAAUGCUGUUUUAACAGAGAUCACUGAUACUCUUGGAAAUAAAUUAUUUUUAAGAUCACAUGAAUAUAAAGUCAUUAAAUCAACACAAUCUAUGUCUACUCAAAGAACAGGUAUCACAGUUUUAGAAGAAAAUAUAAAUGUCACUGACAAAGACAGCAAGUCACAUCAAGUUGACACCUUAUUUCAAGUGGAGCAAAAAACUGCAAAUACUGCUGAAGUAGUGUGGGUUGAUCCAAGUCUGGAUACUACUUUACAUACUUUGAAAGAUGAUAAACAGAUGUAUUAUACCUCAUCUUCAGUUUCCGAUUUAAAGCAAGAUGAUAUAAAUACUGGUAACAUUCCUCAGCAGCCUGUUAUCUCAGUUGACACAAAAACAAUUAGACUGAAACACCCUCGUUUGUCAGUUUCUGUCCUUGAAGAAAGCAUUCACAUUGCAGAUGAUGACAUCAAAACAACUGCCGUUGAACAGUCUCCUGGUUCAACUAUAGUACUGGAAAGCAGUGAUACAAUACAAAAUUAUAAACUGUCCGACAUUGACCAACUACAGUCCCCUGAAUCUGAUACUGGCAAAAUAGUGUUUUCUCAUUUUUCUACACCAAAAUUUAAAAUUGCUGUUAGAGAAGAAAGUAUUUGUAUAGAAGAUGUAGACGACACAACACGUAAGCUUGAGUUUUCCACUGCAGAAGAAAGUGUUGAAACAGCAUCUUUUGAAGAAACAGAGACAGUUAAAAGAGUGCAAGAUGGAACAGAAUCUACAUCAUGGAAAUUUAGUAUUCCAGCAGUAAAAAUGCCAAUGUUGACCAAAUCUGAUGCAAUUAUUGAAAGCAGUGAUUUUGAUGCUGAUAUACUAUCUAAGGAUGGGGCUUCCAAUAAAUCUGAGGCUCAAGAUACAUUUAAAACAAAAAUGGAUGUUGUACAGACUGAUGAAAAGCGCAAAAGCGCAUUCAAAUUGCCCUCUUUUAAAUUGCCAUCUCUUAGUCUUAGAGGGAAGAAGGAGAAGUCCAAUGAUGAUUUAGAUAGGGCAAAUGAGAAAAGUGAUAUAGAUUUGCUAAAUAAGCAUGUGGUCAUUAACAAGGAAACACCCCCGACAUACGUAUCGUCAACAGAUGCAGAAGUAACAGUCAACCUUGACCAAUUUAAAAUGUCCAGCAGGCAAAAACAACCAAAGGCAGAUGUUGAUAUGGAAAAAGAAAAGACACAUUUCAUUACAAAGGAAGAACAAAGUAAGUUCAAGUUGCCAAAAUUGGAGUUUUCUAAACUUACUGUAAAAGGUUCAACGGGCAGUGCAAAUGUCCGUACAGAGCCACCUGAAAGUAGAACUGGGGAAUCUGGGGAACUCCAGAGGUCAACUGACACUCACCCUGGUGGCCUACCCCCAGAUAUAUUUUUUGAAGGAAAGGAUGUUGAUCAGUAUGAAGAAGAAAUUGAGAUUAAAUACCCUUUUUUCAAAAUGCCAGCAUUUUCAAUUAUUGAAAACAAAGACGUUACAGAAGAUAUGGAAAGAAUAAAUGACAAUCCUGAAAUGCAUCUUACAGCUAUCCAAGUUGAUUCCUCAAGUUUUGAUACAAAUAAGGGUAUUACAAUCAAUACAGACAGCGCCGAAUUAGGUGAAAGCAGAAUAAAACCAACAAGAACAAAAUUUAAAUUACCUAAAGUGAAAUUGCCUGUUCUGUCAUUUUCUGAUCCCCAAAAUGACGAUGAAACAUUUGACAUUACUGCUCAUCAUGAAGAGGUUGACUUUGUUCUCUUGGACUACGAUUUAACAAAUAAAGAAGAAACUCAAGCGGUUGACAUAAGCUGCAUAGCUAAUCAAUCUGUCCUUGAUGACACAGAAAAACUUCAAACAGAAUUUAACGAAAUGUCAAAUACAAACAUGGAGGUGAUCACUGAAGUUAAAAAUGUGAAAGAGACAGAAAAGAUGGAUUAUGAAACUAAACAGGUAAAUACGUCUCCCUUUUCCAAAAUAAUAUCUAAAGUUUCAGAUGACUUAUCUUUGGUGCAAGACGAAAAUAUAAAAGAAGUUGGAAGUAAAAUAAAUAUAACAAUAGAGAAGACGGAAGUGAAAACAUCCACAGAGUCUUCAAGUAAUAAAAGCAUACGUGAUGAAAGUGAAAUCACAGAUAAAGUCAAAUUGUCUGAAACAAAAGUGCUUAAGUAUGACUUGCCAUCAUUUGUGGAAUCUUCACAGAUAGUUGUAGCCGAUGACCUUAAAGUUGAGCCAAAAGGAUUUCAGUUAGACAGACAUGUUGAAAAAAUGGAAACAGAUCAAAACGUGUAUAAAAGUGAAGAAAGAUCUGAAACAAAUAGAACAGUAGCUGGGAAUGUAGUAUCGUUUUCUUCUGAAAUAGUGAAAGAAUACGAGAUUUCCUCAUCCGAAAUUAAAACUACUAAAUUAGGGUUUUCACUGUUCAAGGUCAAACUCCCAGAAGCGCAGAGCAACAUUGAUAUACAAGAUCCGGAAAGGCAGGUGGGAUUUGAUACAUGUGAAACUGAAGAUAAAUUAAUCAUUCCUGAGGAGAUCGGUGCAGAAAAUUCUCAAGAGUUAGUGCAAUCCACAUCGGAAGCAAGUAAAACGAUACAAAUGGUAGCCUCAACAGCCCAUGUUCCUAUACGAAAGUCUUUUACAUUUGAAGUUAAGUCAUCCAAGCAGAAGGAGGAAACUCAUUUCACUCUGCAAUCAAAAGCUGCAUCAAUAUCAGAAACUACUGAUGAUAAAGAUUCAACUGUUCAUCCUGAAGAGGAGGUAAAAGAGCAAACACCAACUCUGAAGUCACCGAGCAGAUUUCUAUCUUGGUUUCCUAGCAUUGGAUUUUCUACUUCAGUCGAUGGAAAUGAAACCCAAAAGGAUGUACAAGAAGAACAAUCUCAAGAAUCCAAGCCGGACAAAGUUUCAUCAGGAACCAAAGAAAAAACCUCAUGGUUUAAAUUUCCAAAAUUAGCGUUUUCUUCUUCUAGUGAUAAACCAAAGUCAGUUGAUAGAGAAGCAGAACUACCUCUUGAAAAGCCAAAAGAAAAAUCCAAAAUUGUGACACCAACACAAUCUGGCAACAAAGACACAUCGGAAUCAGGGACAAGUUCAACAGAUACUAAACCAAAGCAAUGAAUCAAAAUAAAUUCUAUUUCUACCAAACAAUAACUAAUUGUGACGAGGAUAAAAAGCUUAGCUAAGUACUAUAAAGGAUAUUUUCAGAUACGCAAACGGUCAAUAAUGCUGGAAGAGUUUAGUGAGAUGACUAAAACACUUGAAGCAACGUUAAAAAAAACCUUAUUUUUUUUUUCUCUUCAUCCGUUGGUUUAGUAAAUAGACUUCAUACUGAAUAAUAAAAGAAUCAUCGAUAACAUUUACGAUUAUGCAUAACUAAAGUUUUAAAAACAAGUAGUGGUACAAACAAAAUAAAUAUCAUACAUGAAAUUGUAAGAGACGAGGCUCUAUGAUAUUAGUAUAGGAAUAAACAUAAGAAUUAUAUGAAAGUGACACUAUAGUCACCAGAACAACUACAACUUAUUGUAGACCAUAUAGUGUUCCUUUAAAUGAUACAAUUAAAGACAACUAAUAAACAAUUUUACAUUCACCUUUACAUGCUAUCAAAUUCUAACAGAGGUUUUAAAAAUAAAAAAAUCUAUGUGAAAUCUUUACAAGACAAUAAUCGAGGAUCUUUCUUACACCGAGCAGAGCAUACAGUAUAUCUAAUUUUAUAAUAAUUGCUUUAUGGAAUUUUUUUAUUUAUAUGCUACUUGCUUAUGUUUUAGCUAUCUUAAUAAUCGAUCAUCCUAUUGUAAACUAUGGCAUGCUCAACAACCAUAUUGUUCAAUCCCUUGUUAUAUACUAUUAGUUGGAUAAGCUUUACAAACCAGUUUAACAACCAUAUUUUCAUUUCUUAACAUUAAUCCUUUUACCAUUGGUCUUCUCUCACAAUCUGCACCUAAUAACUAAAUUAUCUCACUGAACAUUUAGCAUCAACAGGAGUCCAGAAAUCUUUUGAUCCUAAUAUAGUUAUUUGCUUAAAGAUACACUCCAGACCUCAAAAUCACUUUAUCUUGCAUUUGUGCUUUAUGUGUCAAGAGUGUGACCUCUUUUUUUCCAUUUUACGAAAAGUGCAGAUUGCAAUAGAAAUUGGCCCUUUUAUAAAUUAACUUGUUACACUUCCUGGCAGUGAAUCAGAUAACUGGUUCGUUACUUCCUGGUAGUUUAGAUUAGUGGAGCUAAACCCAAAAGGCAGAAAAUGCCUUGCAAGGACUUCUCAUUGACCUGAAUUGGACAGCCUCAGAAAGUGUAGGCGUGGUUAGAAUAGUAAGGAAUUCAAAGGCUUCAAAUAAGAUAGCAGCAGCUUAUGCAAGCUGUUUUUAGAUACAUCCACAAUAAAAAUAUGCAAAAUUAAACGCAUGCAUUAUUUUCACUGGGGAUGUAUCUACUAAACAGUUAUUGUAUAUAUUUUUUUUAUUUGGGCAGUGCAGUGUCCCUUUGACUGUGAAUUAUUUAGAAUUGAUUCUGAAUUCAAAGUGAAUUAAAAAUUUCUGAACAUGGGUCAAAUUGGAAAUAGAUGACUUUGUUUUCAAUUUGUCUAGUUUGGUUUAGAAUUUGAAAUUCACUUUGCAUUUCAGACAACACACACUUUAGUUAAUAACCCUGUAAAUAUGCCAUUGUUGUAUAUAGUGCUUACCUCUGUUAUAACAGGUGAAUUUCUAGGACUGACAUGAUACAAUGAUAACAUUACAUAAAUGUAUAACAGCAACUAAAGCUAUUGGAUAUAUCAUAUGUUUUUGAUAAAUUAUAUGUCAAGUUGAAAAGAAAAGGAAAAAUAAGUGUUUGGUGCCUCCAAUGAGAAAUGAAAGGAAAAAAAAACACACAGAAUUUUGUUCAUCACAAAAAAUAAUUUACAAAUUAGCUGUAGCACAACAAAAAUAAUAAAAUAAAUGUUAAAACACUGUUUAGAGUGUUCAAACAAACCUUAUAUUCACAUUUGUGAUCUCUAAAAAACACACAAGACAUAGUGUAAUCUAUUAAUCUAGAGCUGUGAGCAGGAUCUGUUGAAUUAAAUUUAUGGGUGCCCAAACAAUACAAUAAAUCUCCAAGUAAAAGCUGAUAAAAAAAAAAAGAAAGAAAAGAAAAUCGUUGGUGCAAUAUAGUAUUGUACACAAGGAAUUACAUCAAUUGAGAAGAAUCAAUCCUCCGGAGGUCUGUUUAUUGGACUACUUGCACCCAAUGGGACAUACUUUGAGGAAGAAGAAUCCAUCCCCUCGAGGCUUUGUUAUUGGACUACUUGCACCCAAUGGGACAUACUUUGAGGAAGAAGAAUCAAUCCCCUCGAGGCUUUGUUAUUGGACUACUUGCACCCAAUGGAACAUACUUUGAGGAAGAAGAAUCAAUCCCCUUGAGGCUUUGUUAUUGGACUACUUGCACCCAAUGCGAUAUACUUUGAGGAAGAAGAAUCAAUCCCCUGGAGGCUUUGUUAUUGGACUACUUGCACCCAAUGGGACAUACUUUCAGGAAGACUAAUCAAACCAGUGGAGGCUUUUCUACUGGACUACUUUCACCCAAUGGGAUAUACUUUGAGAAAGACAAAUCAAUCCCCCGGAGGCUUUGCUAUUGGACUACUUGCACCCAAUGGGACAUAGUUUGAGGAAGAUGAAUCAAUCCCCUGGAGGUUUUGUUAUUAGACUACUUGGGCCCAAUGACACAUAAUUUGAUGACAACUAAUCUAACCAGUGGAGGCUUUUCUAUUGGACUAUUUUCACCCAAUAGGACAUAUUUUGAGAAAGACUAAUCAUUCUUCUGGAGGCUUUGUUAUUAGCCUACUUGGGCUCAAUGAGACAUAUUUUAAAGAAGACUAGUAACAUCAACAUGUGUUUAAUAAGGAGAGGAAAGCCACUCUGAGGACUAUUUGAAUUUCCAUAAAUUCUGACAUUUCAAUUGGAUGCCACUUGGUUUCUGUUGCAGUAAGGGGACUCUUCCUUCAUGCCGUCUGUGUUUAUUUUAUAUGAAAGUCACUGCUUUUGGUUUUAAUAAAUUGUGUCUAUAUUGAGUUUUCCUACUCUACUACUUUCCAUUUGCUUUUACUAGCAGGUUUUAUGUUCUAGUCUGGUGCAGACACCCAUAACUUACAUUCAACAGAGCAUUCUCACAGCUUUUAAACAAUUGAAUAGUGUUUUUCAUUAAUUUAGAAAAUAGAUUACACUAGGUGUGUGUUUGUUUUUGUGUAAUUUUUAGAGAUCAGAUGUGUGGAACAUAAAACAUUAUGUUCAUUUGAACACUCUAAAUACGUUUUGUGCUUAUAUGCUUAGUUGAACCUGGAAUGGCAGGUAUUUAUAGCAAUAAAAGAUAUUAAUAUGUUGAUGUCAAGACAUGCAAGAACAUAAAUAUUUAAAAUCCUCCCCCAGUAAUACUAUUGAAGAGGAUUGAGGUGCGGGUUAACAGGGAUUGGUGAAUUUUCUGUGUCAGAAUGUUUGAGAAUAUCACUUGUAAAUCUAGUCAAAAUAAAUGAUCUGUCAGCAUCUGUGGACAACUCCAAUGUUACCCAUUCAGUCUUAGUCCUAAUACAUAUGAUCACAUGAGAAUUCACAGCCCCUUUACAACAGUGGCCAUGCUAUAAAUUUGUCCCAGCCUUUUCAAUCUGCUGCUAGUGUUGCAUCUUUCUAAUGCUUAAAUGAACGGCUUUUCAAAAGCCAAAUCAGGAACUGCACUUAUGCAUGUAUAUAUAUAUAUAGAGAGAGAGUGAGAGACUUGAGUGUAACCAAACCAAGGGCCAGCACAAUGACCCUAGAAAUAGUUUGUAAUAAAAAACAAAAACAAAAAAAAAGGUCCAGGCACUCCAAGACUUAGGCAAAUUUAUUUGAACCAAGGUGUCCAGCAGCAACGUUUCGACCAAAAGGUCUUUUUUUAGCUUGAACAGUUGUCAAGUGCAGAGUGUUUAUUUACUAAAUGAGAAAUUGCAGAGAACCAACAAGGUAAAUGUACAUCUUAAGGCAAUAUCGCAAAUGCAAAAAAAAGUAUAAAUAUUUUCCAGUUGAUUGAGAUUAUUGAAUAUAUGGAAUAUAAUAAAUAAUUCAGACAAGUAGUUCUUAAUUAAUAAUAAAAUUAAGCUUUAUAUUCCGAUAAAUACAGUACAUGCUACCUAACAAAAAUAAAAAAACUAAAAUAAAAAAAUAUGAUCUGAGAUCUUUAUUAUGGUCUGUGAGCUUUCUAUUUCUGUAAAAAGGAGUCUAUGCAAAGUGUGUGUGCUGCUAAAUACAUCUGAGUUCUUUAAACUAAAUAAUCAUUCUGUAUAUACAAGCUACGGGGAAGGUGUUAACAGUACUUUCUUUUGAAUGUUAAAUCUGUAUAAUUAUUUAAAUUCUCUUUUAAAUCAUUUAUGUAUGUUUUAAGCAAAAACAAAUAUAUAUAUAUAUAUAUAUCUUGAAAAAGAUUUGAUCUGUUUAACUGACCUUUAAU